AUCCAGAAAGUCAUAACAAAACCAGUCAUUCAUUCUUUUACACAACUUUUCUUAUUACGGAAUUCCGAACAGUCACUUCUAAAAUGUCUUUCCAGUACCCACAUGCUUACCGUGAUGAGGCAGUUGCGGAUGACUACCAUGGCAACAAUAUUCCUGACCCGUACAGUUGGCUGGAGGACCCAGACAGUGAGAAGACGCAGGCUUUUGUCAAUGCUCAGAACCAGCUGACGCUGCCCUACCUGGAGCGCUGUGAGGUGCGGGACCUGUUCAAGGAGCGCAUGACGGAGCUCUACGACUACCCCAAAUACAGCUGCCCCUUCAAGAGGGGGAGCAGGUAUUUCCAUUUCUACAACACGGGCCUCCAGAACCAGAGUGUAAUGUAUGUUCAGGAGAGUCUAGAGGCAGAGCCCACGGUCUUCCUGGACCCAAACACUUUCUCUGAAGACGGGACUGUCGCUUUACGAGGUUAUGCAUUCUCAGAGGACGGCGAGUACCUGGCAUACGGCACCAGCGCCAGCGGCUCUGAUUGGGUGGAGAUGCGCUUCCUGCGGGUGGAGGGGGCCGUGGCCCUACAUGACCGGCUGGAGAGGGUCAAGUUCAGCUGCAUGUCCUGGACCCAUGACGGCAAGGGCCUCUUCUACAACUCCUACCCCAAGCAGGAGGGCAAAAGUGACGGGACUGAGACGUCCACAAACCUGCACCAGAAGCUCUACUUCCACGUGUUGGGGACCCCCCAGUCUCAGGACUGCCUGUGUGCAGAGUUCCCCGACCACCCUAAGUGGAUGAGUGGGGUUGAGGUGUCAGAUGACGGGCGCUACGUACUGCUGUCCAUCAGGGAGGGCUGUGACCCGGUCAACCGGCUGUGGUACUGUGACCUUCAAACCACUCCUCAGGGUAUCACAGGCCUGUUGCCGUGGGUGAAGCUGAUAGACAACUUUGAUGCGGAGUACGAGUAUGUGACCAACGAGGGCACGGUGUUCACCUUCAAGACCAACCUGGUGGCCCCGCGUUACCGUCUCAUCAACAUCGAUUUCGCCCAGCCCGCCCAGGCCAACUGGAAGGAGCUCAUCCCCCAGCAUGACAAGGACGUCAUCGUGUUUGCCACCUGUACCUACAACAACCUCCUCUUUGUGUGUUUCCUGCACGACGUGAAGAACGUGCUGAAGAUGUACCGUCUGAGCUCGGGGGAGGAGCUCAGGACCUUCUCUCUGGACGUGGGCUCUGUGGUGGGCUUCACCGGACGCAAGAGAGACUCUGAGAUCUUCUACUACUUCACCUCCUUCCUGUCGCCAGCCAUCAUCUACCACUGUGACCUGACCAAGGAGCCCCUGCAGCCCCACGUGUUCCGCGAGGUCACCGUCAAAGGCUUUGACCCCUCCGACUACCAAACCACUCAGGUAUUCUACCCUAGUAAGGACGGCACAGAGAUCCCCAUGUUCAUCGUCCAUAAGAAGGGCCUGAAGCUGGACGGCUCUCACCCUGCCUUCCUCUACGGCUACGGAGGGUUCAACAUCUCAAUCACUCCCAGCUACAGUGUAUCACGGCUGAUCUUUGUCCGACACAUGGGAGGAGUCCUGGCUGUGGCCAACAUCAGAGGAGGGGGGGAGUACGGAGAGACCUGGCACAAAGCGGGUAUGCUGGCCAAAAAGCAAAACUGCUUCACAGACUUCCAGUGUGCAGCAGAGUACCUCAUCAAGGAGGGCUACUCGUCCCCCUCCAAACUCACCAUCAACGGAGGGUCCAACGGGGGCCUGCUCGUAGCGGCGUGUGUGAACCAGCGGCCAGAGCUGUUUGGCUGUGCCGUGGCCCAGGUGGGCGUCAUGGACAUGCUCAAGUUCCACAAGUUCACCAUCGGCCACGCCUGGACCACUGACUUCGGCUGCUGUGAGGUCAAGGAGCAGUUUGACUGGCUCAUCAAGUACUCCCCGCUCCACAACAUACGCGUGCCCGAGUGCGAGGGCGUCCAGUACCCUGCUGUCCUCCUCCUCACGGGUGACCACGAUGACCGUGUGGUCCCCCUACACUCCCUGAAGUACAUCGCCACGCUGCAGCACGUGGUGGGCCGCUGGUCGGGUCAGAGCAAUCCACUGUUCAUCCACGUGGACACAAAGUCGGGCCACGGCGCCGGAAAGCCCACCAGCAAGGUCAUCCAGGAGGUGGCCGACACGUACGCCUUCAUCGCCCGCUGCCUCAGCCUCUCCUGGGUCAAAUGAAGAGGAGGGGAGGGGGUGGUUCCCUGGAAGUCUGUUUCUAGGGGAAGUGUCUCUAUCGGUGUCUUAGAAGUUUCUUACUCGUUCUCGUUCUUUUUUUGUAUUGAUCACUAAUCUUUUUGUUCAGCUGUUCUCCUUCCCUCCUCUCAUCAUCACUACUGUGGACUUAUUCAUUUGUUCCUGAGCAGUAAUCAAUCUCUUCCUACCCGUUUGUCUGGCCUGUAUUCACCACCCCUCUCUUCCUGGUUCUCCCUUCCCAGUGUAGGCUUGCUUUGGGCAUGGGCUCCAGUUCAGCCGGACUAUACAGUUACCCCUCUUUCCCCCACACCCCCAUGGGCCAGCCCCAGGACUUACCCCCUGUCUCCACCCCUCACCUCUCUUAUAAGCGAUUCACUAUAUAUAUCUAGAAGAAGAAAAAAACAUCUCUGAAUAAGCUUUGUUGUACAAUUAAAGGUCAAAUCCACUGCAUUUAAAACAGUCAAAUCAUUUCAUGAAUUCAGAGUUUGUGUAAUUAUACAGAGGCUGAAUAUAUUCCUUCGACAACCAUAAGACCCACUAAUCAUUACAUUACUUUAUCAAAAUAGUUGUACCUGCUUUAUUUUCUUCUAUAAUUACUGAUCUGGCUUUCAGGUUUGUCUAUAAAAAUUAACUUUUUGUUACAAAUGUAACCAGAACCAUGCAUAAUGCACAUUCACUAAUAAUGUAGCAGGUAUUCUAGAAAAUGAAUACCGGUCUCAAUCUCUCAAGCACAAGCCCACAGGCUAGUGAGUAGCCAGCUAAUAUUUAUAUUUCUAGUUCAGCAAACUUGGAUCUAGGUAUAGUUUCACUAGCUCUGGAUUCAGCUAACAAGGUAGAACAGUUGAAUUGUUAUGAACACACCCUUCUGUCCGUCUCCAACUGUUUGAACAGCAUGUUAGCCUGUCCACUUUGUUCAGAUGUUGAAAUCAAGUGGCCUACUUCAUUUCUGAAUGAGAAUGAGAUGACAAUUCCUUCAUUGUUUUAUAAAUGUGCAAUAAGCAUAAAACAGACUAGACAGCUGGUGUAACCGUCUUUAUUUGACUAAAAUACUGCUAGUGAUAUGUGGUGCCGUAAUGCGGCGCGACAAACUGAGCAUUCGUUUUCCAGAUGAAGGUUCAUUGGUAAAUUUGUUGUAGUAGUGUAGCUCUGCUCAAAAUCUGAGGAGUUGAGACAUAAACAGGGUUUCAUUAGAAAGGUUAAUUUCUCCUCUAUUACAGUAUAAUCAUUUCUCCAUGUGUUAUGGUGUCCAUAUGACCCAUUCUGUUGGACCAAACCUCAAAUGUAAAUAGAGAGUUGAAACCGUUUGUCAGAGAAGAAGAAGUGAUCGCUCAUCUUUGUUGUUGUAGGGGCUUGGGAGAAAGAGGCGAAGCGAGAGGUCUCACUCCAAUCUCCAAGCCCUAUGUGCUUAUUUUGAACCUAGCUUGUCGCCUGCCUUCCCGCCUUUGGGACAACGACUCCCAUUGUUAGGGCGGAGACAUGAGCAUCUAGUCAUUAUAUACAGAUCUCUGGUGUAAAUGUACACAGCACAGAAGGAGUGAAUGAGACCAAAAAGACAUGAGAACAAGAGGACAUAAACGCUCAUAAAAAGAAAAAAUACGAAAAAACUUGGACCAGCCUCGGGACUUGCCCCAGACUCCCCUACCAAACCUCCCUCUCUCCCCCAUGAGCCAGCCACAGGACUUACCCCCGUGUCCACCCUUCACCUCUCUGGCCCCAGACUCCCCCACCAACCCCAGGACUUAUACCCCCCCCCCAUGAGCCAGCCCCAGGACUCAGCUCUUCCUCAUAUGAGUCAUUCUCUUCUGUAUUGUGGCUCUAAUCGGUAAAACCUUGUUAAAGUGUUAGUUCAAUGUUGAGAGAUGGGUGAUACAUGGUUGGACUUAACUUGAACUGUAUAGUUUUAUCAGCCUAGAGGUCAAGGAUCAAGUCUGCAAAGGUCCUCAGUAGGGGAACAUGAAAUGAAAUAGCCCCCAAUUGGUGCUACCACCUACCACCACAAACACAGACAAUUGUAUGUGUUUAUCAAUUGGAAGGCUGUUAGUCAGUAGGUUAUUGAUUUCAGCAUGAAUGAUGAUGGGUUUAGGUCAUUUUGUUUUGUGUUCAGGAGGACUAAUGCAGAGUGUGUGUCUCUGACUGAUAUUAAUUUCUACCUCUUGGCAUGCUGAUUGUUAGUUUACCUAAUAAAGGGACAUAAACAACAAUGUAUUACAAUGCCAGAACU